UAAUAACUGCCAGCGUAAGACAGGAAGCGAGUUGAGCCGCAAUGGAGAUGUUUUCUUCCCGUGACCGUCUGCUGGUUGGCAGGUGAUUAGCACAGCGAAGCUCCUCCUCAGUCUUCUACGGGAGAGACAAACCUGGACAGCUGCCCAUUAUAAUAAGGAAUUUAGUAGGAUAUAAACUAUCAAGAUGGAUACCUCAAAACUUCCCAAGAUCCAGGAUGAGGACCGAGAAAGCCAGUUUGGAUAUGUACACGGUGUUUCUGGACCAGUGGUGACAGCUACUGCCAUGGCAGGAGCAGCCAUGUAUGAGCUGGUUCGAGUCGGUCACAGUGAGCUAGUGGGAGAAAUCAUCCGUUUAGAAGGGGACAUGGCAACUAUCCAGGUCUACGAGGAGACAUCUGGCGUGUCUGUCGGGGACCCUGUCCUGCGAACUGGAAAGCCCCUGUCUGUAGAGUUGGGACCGGGUAUCAUGGGCUCCAUCUUUGAUGGUAUCCAGCGCCCACUAAAAGACAUCAAUGACCUCACUAACAGUAUUUACAUCCCAAGAGGAGUAAACAUUGGUGCUCUCAACAGAAACAUCAAAUGGGAAUUUACACCUGGGCAGAGCCUUCGGGUCGGCAGUCACGUAACUGGUGGAGAUAUCUAUGGUAUGGUAUUCGAAAACUCCUUAAUCAAACACAAGCUAAUGCUUCCACCUCGUAGCAGAGGCACCAUAACCUACCUGGCUCCACCUGGAAACUACGACAUUUCAGAUGUGGUUCUGGAGCUUGAGUUUGAAGGCAUUAAAGAGAAACUCAGCAUGGUGCAAGUGUGGCCAGUACGACAAGUCCGCCCCGUCACAGAAAAACUACCAGCUAAUCAUCCACUGCUGACCGGCCAGAGAGUUCUGGAUGCACUUUUCCCCUGUGUGCAGGGUGGCACUACUGCUAUACCAGGAGCCUUUGGAUGUGGAAAGACAGUGAUCUCGCAGUCAUUGUCCAAGUACUCCAACAGUGAUGUCAUCAUCUAUGUCGGCUGUGGAGAGCGUGGAAACGAAAUGUCUGAAGUGCUGCGAGAUUUCCCCGAGCUCACUAUGGAAGUUGACGGCAAAGUUGAGAGCAUCAUGAAGAGAACAGCGCUGGUUGCUAACACCUCCAACAUGCCCGUGGCUGCUAGAGAGGCUUCCAUUUACACAGGGAUCACACUGUCUGAAUACUUCAGAGAUAUGGGCUACAAUGUGAGCAUGAUGGCUGACUCGACGUCUCGAUGGGCCGAAGCUCUGAGAGAAAUCUCUGGAAGACUGGCUGAAAUGCCUGCUGACAGUGGGUAUCCGGCUUACCUGGGCGCCAGACUGGCUUCCUUCUAUGAGCGUGCUGGACGUGUGAAGUGCCUGGGAAAUCCAGAGAGAGAAGGCAGCGUCAGCAUCGUAGGAGCUGUGUCACCUCCUGGUGGAGACUUCUCUGAUCCUGUCACUUCAGCCACACUGGGAAUUGUUCAGGUAUUCUGGGGGUUGGACAAGAAGCUGGCUCAGAGAAAACACUUCCCGUCUGUAAACUGGCUCAUCAGCUACAGCAAGUACACACGAGCUCUGGAUGAAUAUUAUGACAAACAUUUCCCAGAGUUUGUUCCUCUUCGCACAAAAGCAAAAGAGAUUCUACAGGAAGAAGAGGACCUGGCUGAGAUUGUGCAGCUUGUUGGCAAAGCUUCACUCGCUGAGACUGAUAAAAUUACUCUAGAAGUUGCUAAGCUCAUUAAGGACGACUUCCUGCAGCAGAAUGGUUAUACUCCCUAUGACAGGUUUUGCCCCUUCUACAAAACUGUUGGCAUCCUCUCAAACAUGAUAGCGUUUUACGACAUGGCCCGACAUGCGGUGGAGUCCACAGCUCAGAGUGACAACAAAAUCACCUGGGCCAUCAUCAGGGAAAACAUGGGGGAGAUCCUGUACAAGAUCAGCUCCAUGAAGUUCAAGGAUCCUGUCAAGGAUGGUGAAGCUAAGAUCAAAGGAGACUAUGCCCAACUGUUGGAGGACAUGCAGAAUGCUUUCCGAACCUUGGAGGAAUGAGUUUCCUACCUCUCAGCCUGUCUCUCAGAUAUCCAAACCCCAGUGCAGUGCAACGUAGUACAGACUGAUUGGCUCAUGUUCUGAAUGUCUGCCACAGUCACAGUCUUUUUUUUCUCCUUCAUGUUUACGCCCCUUAAACAUUCCAUGACAUACACAAAUUGUAAUUCAUUUUGCUGAAUUUCGACAAGUUUACUCAUCAGAAAACCAGUACUGAAAUCCCCUUAGGCUGUCUCAGAAUAUUACUUAGCAUGUAUAGGCCAUCAUCUUGUGGUUUAAAUAAAUUCGCCCCAAUCAAGUGCUGCACUCACACGCCACUGGUAGCUGCAAAAAAAGAAUUGUCUCUUUCCCCCAGGUGUAACAGUGAUCAAUGCAGAUAUUUAAUCAAAUGGGAACAUGAACAUGGAUAAAGGGACAGAGGCAGUAUAUUCAGGGGAUGUGAGGAGUUCUUCCACGUCUUACCUCUAAAGUGUGAUUGUGAUGCUGUGGAAUAUAUACUUGAUAUUAUGUGUAAAAAUGUGAAUGAAUGAGUCUGUUAGUUUGUGUUGUAAAAGAAGUCUUGCUGUUUUAUCCAUGGUACAUUAUUGUCUCCCUAAAUAAAUGGGAAAUAAAUAAAGUAGAUGGUUU